CAGAGCAAAUUUUUUUAAGAAAAGAAUUAAGAAAUCUUAAACACAAAAUUUUUGCAAUGUUUACUCAGUUUCAAUUUUGUCAACUGUGUCGUAUUAAUCACAAGAAGAAGAGGAAACAUAUUUAUUCUAUCAGACACCAAAAUGUAGUCAAUAAUAUAUUGGAAAAGUAUUUAAGAAAGGUCACUGAAGCUAGGAGUACUUUAAAAUCUCCUCAGAUUCAUAAUGCACAAUUUGAAAGAGGAGCCAAAUUUUGGUGCCAUUUCUGUGUGGAGGAGGAAUUGAAACACAUGGAGCUAGACACUUGUACUGUAAAAUAUGGUGGUCUUAUUGAACACAUUGCAAGUUAUGAACAUAAAAGAAAAAUGUACAACUUCUUUUACGAGAAUAAAGUGGAUGAGACCAAGAGACAUCCAGAUUUAUUCCACAUGCUAGAGGAGGAACUAAAAAAGUUUAAAGAGAAAGUUGCAAUCCAAGCUAAAGAGUAUGAUUCUGGCAACAGAGAGGAAUUGGAAAAGUCAGCAGAGAUGAUCCGACAGACUGACGCUCUGAGGAAUCAAGUGGUGCAGUCUCACCACUUCUCGACGCUGAAGCCGCAGACAAUUGAGAAUCCAUCAUCUCAGAGAAUGAAUAUCCCAAACUACAUAAGUCCUGGAACCAUUAUCGAAAAAAAGGCCACCAUGCUUGCCAAAGGCGAUGGCUUGACUUUCAUUGGGAGUCACAUUUAUAAUAGGAAUGAGGGCAAUGUUCACUCAGGAGCUCCUCCACCUUGGCUGUUGUCCUCGGAGGAGGAGACAACCAGCGGUGAGAUAGGUCCUACCAUUGACUCGUAUAAAGCACAUUUGGAGAGGGAGAAAAAGAAGAAACUUCCUGCCAACAGGGUGGGUGCUAAGUUUGAUCACCAGCAGAGCACAGACCAGUCCUGGCUACCAUCCUUUGGGCGAGUCUGGAGUAAGGGAGGAAGACAACAAUCAAAAAAGUAUUUCCAGAGGAUAAGUUCAACAACAAAGAAAAGUUCAACCAUUAGCAAUUUCACACCAUCUAGUGAUAGAGACACAUCAUCCUCUAGUGUAUACAGUAGCGAAAAUGACAUCCAGAAUGGAGUGGAAAGCAAGAUGAAUGGUGAUAUGUCAGUUCAAUCCAAUGCUGAGGAGAAUGAACACAGCUUUCAGAAUGGUGUAAGAACAGACAAUCCUCAGAUCCACAGUAAUUCAACAUUUCCUUUUCAUCACCAAAGUGGAUCGGAGGUGGAUACAAACUUUUCAGUGGUACCAAGGAAUAAUGUGAAACCCUACGUGAAAAAACACAGACCUGAAAGCACAGCUUCAGGUUAUACACAGACUCAGGGGCAAGCUCAGUAUGAACACAGAGGUAUGAACCAACCCCAGUCACAAAGUUAUGGAGGUAAUUUGAACAUGAACCAUCUAAAUCAAUCCGGGAGUUAUUUAAAUCAUUCUAUGAACCCCUCAGUUCAACCUGUGAUGAACGAGUCAACUUACUCAGUGAAUCAGUGGUCUCAGUCUACAAGUUAUUCAGCUCAGCCUGUUCAGUCGACUCACUCUAGAACAGCCAAACCUUAUGUUAGAAAACGGAAAAGUGAGGAUAUUGGAUCAACAGAGAUGAACUCAAUGGGUCAUAUUCCAGUAAUCCCUACCCCCAUUCUGGAGGCGAAAGCACCUCCAUCUACCUCAAGGUGGAAAUAAACCUCAAGCAAA